AUCUGUGACACGUAAACUAAAGACAACAAGGAAAUGUUCACAGCGUGGAGCUUUAAUAAGAUAUCAGUUUAAACUAUAGACUUUAUAUGGUUUAAAUCCAAAAGUUAUCUCAAACAUUUCAUGUUGUUUUAGCUUCGAGUUAGCUUAGCUGUUAACUUAGCCUCGCCACCGGGAGGAAGGAGCUGUAACUUAAGUUAUCUGACUCCAACAUGGAUGACCUGUACAUUAAACCAGGUAACCAGGAGCGGGGUUGGAACGACCCCCCCCAGUUCUCGUACGGCCUCCAGACGGCCCGCGGACCACACAGGAACCUCCUGAACAAGAGAGCAGCUCCCGGUGUAGGAGCCCCGCCCCUGACGCCUCCCUCCUCCAAUCCUCUGUCUCCUCUGAGCGGCGCCACCCCUCCCCCUCUACACCCAGCUCGUCCUCCUCUGGGCUGUGUGGCCACGCCCCCUCCUCCUCUGGGACCAAUGAGAAGUCAGAAGGGAAGAGAACAGGCCGACAGCAGCCAACCGGGGGGGGGGGCUCAGGUGUGCAGUGAUGUGGAGAAGAGGCUCCGCCUCCUGGAGGAUAGCUGGCGGUCCGGGAGACUCAGCCUACCUGUGAGGAGACGCAUGGACACCCUGUCGCUGGCGCUACAGUCGGGCCAGUGGGACUCCGCGGACGACAUCCACCGCUCUCUGAUGGUGGAUCAUGUGACUGAAGUCAGCCAAUGGAUGGUGGCCGUCAAACGCCUCAUCGCUGAGACACGAAAACUCAAUCCAGAACUCUUGGAACCGCUUCAGAGACCUGCAGGACCAGACCAGGUCCCUGCAGGACCAAACCAGGUCCCUGCAGACCCAGACCAGGUCCCUGCAGGACCAGACCAGGUCCCUGCAGACCCAGAACCAGUCCCUGCAGGACCAGACCAAGACCCUGCAGAUCCAGACCAGGUCCCUGCAGACCCAGAACCGGUCCAGGACUGUUAAUCUUGCAGGGAUCUCAACAAACAGA